UCCGUGCAGAUUGUGACAUCUUCAACUACUCCAACUCUAGAUCCGACGUGUACGAAUUAAACGGCGACGUACGCAUCCACGGCGCCUCUUCCACCAUUUUCAUACCACCUUCAAACCACCUGACCUCCAUCAAAAUAAAACCCUACCCACGAAAAUACGACGCCGCCGCCAUGACCACCGUCUCCGCUUUCCAAAUCAAGGCAGACAAACUCCCUCAUUGCACCCAAACCCUCGCCGCCCCGGCCAUCCUCUUCUCGACCGGCGCACACGCCGGAAACCACUUCCACAGCAUCGCCGACGUGCUCGUCCCGCUCUUCGCCACCUCCCACCGCUUCAACCGCCACGUCAUCUUCCUCGUGACCAACCACGAUUCUCGCCUCACUUCCAAGCACACCAAAACCCUACAAAGACUCUCCAAAUACGACGUCGUCGACAUCGACGCGCAGAAUCAAACUCUGUGCUUCCCGGGAAUGAUCGUCGGCCUCAGAGCUCACACAACCGAUCUAUCCAUCGAUCCCUCCCCGUUUUCGAGCUUUUCCGCUCGAAACUUCACGAAGCUUCUACGCAGCGCCUACUCCUUGGAGAGGGAGUCCGUGCGCGGCCACUAUCGGCCUCGGAUGCUCAUCAUUUCCAGAGCCAGGUCGCGGCGGUUGAGCAACGAGGUCGAGGUGGUUGAGCUCGCUCGAAGCCUAGGGUUUGAGUGCGUGGCACAAGAUUUGAGAGGGGAAAUCGAGUCCGUCGCCAAAAUUGUCAACUCCGUGGACGUCAUGGUAGGAGUGCAUGGAGCUGGGCUGACCAACAUGGUUUUUCUGCCUGAGAAUGGCGUUGUGAUCCAAAUAACGCCGGUGGGGCUGCAUAAUUUCGCGAAGCAAUGCUACGGGUCGGCGGAGGAGGAGAUGAAGUUGAAGUAUUUGGAGUAUAAGGUGAGGCUGAACGAGAGCUCGUUGUUAGGGAAAUAUGGUGCCCAGAGUCAAGUAUACACAAACCCUGUCCAAUUUUGUCAUAAGAGAGGAUUUGAUGUUUGUAAACAUGUGUUUUUGGAUAAUCAAGAUGUUAAUCUUGAUUUAGGCAGGUUUAGGGACACCCUUUUGAAAGCGUUGGACCUCCUCACUCUUGCUGCUUAA